CGCCGCUGUACACAGUGAAGUCUUCUCCCUGGACCCGAAGCGAGGGCGGAACAAACCGGGAGCUGUCGCUGCCAACACGCAGGAGCCGGAGCAGGAAGCGGACACAGGAGGGAGUCGAGUGUGGACCAGAGAACCCCUCCAGUGUCACCCUACCCACUGCACACGUUUGGCUGAGGAACCUGCAGAGCCUGUCUGAGCUUGUCAGCCACAGUGGGUUUAGUGCAAUGGCUCUGUUAACCCUGCACAGGAUUCCAUCCCUCUCCACCGCUCCAGAUGAAAUCCUCCAAAAAAGAGGGAGACUGCAGAAAAGGGAGAGCUUUGCCCUUGUUAAAGGGGCAGUGCUUCUGCUGGAAGAGGGCGAGGGCGAGGACCCCCACAAUGAGACGUCUCACAAGCCAACGUCUCCCACAAAGCAAGAGGGCGGAAGGUCAAACACACGGCACAGACACCUCCACGCCAUGAUUGAGCAGCUCAGGCCUGAGGAUACCAUCCAGCUGGCGGUGCAGCUGGAGUCCAUGAACACCAGCAGAGUCAGGUAUCUGAUCGUUGUUUCCACCCUCGGCAGCAAACAGGAGAGCAUCCUGCUGGGGAUGGAUUUCCCUGACUCAGACAGUGACCGGUGCACCAUCGGCCUGGUUCUGCCGAUAUGGAGCGACAUGCAGGUGUAUCUGGAUGGAGACGGUGGUUUCAGCGUGACCUCAGCAGAAGAGACCAGGAUCUUUAAGCCUGUCUCCAUGCAGACCAUGUGGUCCGUGCUGCAGGCGCUGCACGGCUGCUGCGAGCGGGCGGUCAAGGCAGUGUUGAUCCCAGGCUCUGGACUGGAAUGGGCCAAGCACUACGAGAAGCACAUCGAGUCAGACCGCUUCUGCCUCAAUGAGUGGGAGGCCAUGGACGAUCUGGAGUCAGUCCGCAAGGACGUUAGUGGACAGAGCUCGGCAGACAGACUCUCCAACGAGAUGCUGAUCAAAGAGAACCUGAGAGACAUUAUGAGGACUGAAGACCUGGACAACCUCACGUCCAAAAUGGUGCAUUCUAGUCUAGAGUCGAGGAUCGGCUUCGAUAUGAGACCUUACAAGGAGUACAUUGACAAUGAGAUCCUGGUCACCAUGGCUCAGAUGGACAAACCCUCUAAAAUAUUGGACUUUCUCUAUCUGGGCUCUGAGUGGAACGCCGCUAACUUUGAGGAGCUGCAGAAAAACAAUGUGGGCUACAUUCUGAAUGUGACGAGAGAGAUUGACAACUUUUUCCCAGAGUCCUUCACAUACAUGAACAUCAGAGUAUACGAUGUCGAAGCCACAGACCUGCUCCCCUACUGGACGGACACAUACAAAUUUAUCAACACUGCAAGGAAGAGGGGAAAGGCGGUGUUGGUGCACUGUAAGAUGGGCGUCUCUCGCUCUUCGUCCACGGUGAUGGCGUAUGUCAUGAAGCAGCAGCGCUGGUCGAUGGAUGUGACGAUGGGCUACGUCAGGGAUCGCAGGUCCAUCGUUAAGCCCAAUGAGGGCUUCCUGAAGCAGCUGCAGACCUACGAUGGCAUCCUCAAUGCAAGCCGGCAGCGUCACAGCGAACUCUGGAGGAGAAAGUCGAGAGACCAAAGACAGAAGUCAAUUCGCAAAGAGGAAGAAGGCGAUGAAGGAAAGCCAGAAGAGGAGGAGGAGGAAGACGAAGAAGAGGAGGAGGAUGAGGAGGACCAAGAUAGUCCAGAUGAUAAAGAUUCCGGUUGCUCAGAAGAAAAAGAUGAGUCGGAGGAAGAAGCAGAGGUGUUUGAGGAACCCGUCUCCACGUCUGACACCAAUCAGGACCCUGGGCCGACGGGACCAGCAGCUGCCUGUCCCACAAUACAUCUACACGAACCAGAAAAGGUCGCUUCAAACAUUAAUCGCAGCGGCAGGAUGAACCUCUUCUCCCUCAUGCAGUCCAUCAGUGAACUGGAUGCUGAAGAUAAGGGAUGUGAGCAGCUUCCUGGCAGCCCGAGGCGGUCUCCAGGGCAGCGCAGGAGAAGCAAUGCACGACGAGGUCUGACUCACCAGACGGCGUGUGAGGACGUUUCACCUGAACCGCGCAGCCUGCCGGACUGAGUCCAACCUAAAGUGGCAGAGGAGGGUGGGGGGGAGAGGGAGGGAGGAGCAGGAGGAGUCUGAAGGAACGUGAGCUCCAGUAACACGCCAAGCUUUUCUUUUUACACUGUUCAGAUUAUUUUAGAACGUUUUUAAUUCAUGGUUUGAAUUUCUCUUCUCAUAAUCAUUAGAACCGAUGGGUCACCAUUAGUAUAAAGGAUCUUGCUGCAGUAUUGAUGUACCAGUAAAAGACAGGGUGAGAGAUUAUUGUAUUAUUAUGGUUUAUAAAGUGUUUUUAAUUUUAGAACAUAUCCUCCCACAUAUAGACGGUUUAUUCCUCCGUGUACCAUCCUCUUUCUCAAGCUCCUUUCUUUCCCUCUUCUUCAGCAUUGUCUCUAUGCAAUUACUGUCCUCUGUAAAGUAGGCUGUAUGCUGCCUUACCAAGGUCGUCAAUGUUCUUCAUUUCCUCUCUCUUUCUCGCUCAUCAGAAGUCUUUUACAUGAGCUGCUCACUGAUGUGAGGGUUCUACUGUGCAUUAUGGACCAGGGCCAGUUUCAUGGCACAAGCCUGUUUGCUAAACAAUGUAUUCCAAUGUGCCAAUGAACAUAGUGUAUUUAAUUGAAAAUAUGUAUCAUGUCACCUAUUCCUAUUUUAUUUUCUUAAACACAAGGACUGGGUGAGUGCCUUCAACCCGAGAAUGAAAUCCCAACUCUGUGACUGGUGUUUUUAUGUUUCUACUACAAGAUGGUGGCUGAACAUUGGAUGUACUAUUUCUCACUUGGUGUGAUUGCAGUAUAAAUGUGAGCAUGUGUGUGUAUAAAGCAUAUAUAUAUAUAUAUAUAAGCAGUAUAUGUAUCCACAGGUAAUUGCUGAUGAACUGGGUGCAUGUUGUGUUUUUAUACAGGCCUAUGAGAGCAAAGUGUUCACAUAUAUUUAUAUGAGCAUUUAAUGGAUACAUUAUUCCGCAUAUUGUUUUCAGAUUUACUAGAUGCUGGUGUUGUUUAUCCAGAGAACUCAAGCUACAGCUUACUUUACAUUUAAUCUGCAUGAUAGUUAAAACACCAUGCACUUUAUACUCCCACAACACUGUUCCCUCUGCCUGAGCCAACAUCAAGUUAUGCUGUACUCUGCUCUAAGUGAUCCUUUUGGAAGACUUAUUACUUUGUGUGUGUUUAAAACCAGGUCUCUUUGCCUUGUUGAUUUAAUCUCUUCACUGAACACACUGUCUCACUCUUGUUUACAAAAAGCAUCACGAGUGAAAAAUAAAUAAACAUCCUCCACAAACCGA